AAACCUAAUGUAAGAAAGAUUACCGAUUAAAGCUUUGUCACUUUGAAAGUGUUUUUCAAAUCUUGAUACUGAAAUUGGUUUACUGCUAUUGAAGCAUGAAUGACCACAUGGUUUAUGUUUUUUAUGGUGGAUUUUUUGUGAAAGAGACGGGAUUGGAAGCAAGACAGCUAUAUGUUGGUGGGGAAAUACUAGAUAUAAAGGUAACAGAUGUGGGCAAAAUUACCUUAAAUUACAUAGAGGCAACUGCCAAAAAGCUUUUGUUACAUAGAGAAUUAGUAAAAAUACACUAUAAGUUACCUGAAUCGAGUCUAUCACAUGGCUUAAGAUUUUUAUAUGAGGGUUCAUUUGGUGAUUUUAUUCAUUCAUUAAAGAGCAACAAGAGAAUGGAAAUUUUUAUUGAGCAUAAGAUACCUACGGCUAUGAAUGAUGAUUCAACAAAAAGUGGAGCAACGAAAAGUCAAAGAAAAGAUGAUAAUGAUAUAUUUGAUAUUACAUUAGAUGAUUGUGGUCCUAUACUGACAUGUCUAGUAAAUGCAAACACAGAGAAAGAAAUAAAGGAUAGUGAUAAGAAUGAGAAAGAAAAUGUUGGAUUGGUGUUUGGGGUAACAAACACUCAGUCCUCUUUAAUUGAAGAAAUAAAUGCCAUUCUCGGUAGUUUGGGUAAGGGCAACUGUGAGGAAAUUGAAGAUGAGGUAUUAGGAACAAUUCCUGAAGAACUUCUUAGUGGAAAAAAUAUUUUUAUUGAACAAGAGGAAGGAGAAAGAGUACCAUAUCAUGUAGAAAAUAAUUGGGAUGGUCAAAAAGCAACAGAUCAUGAAGUUGGCCAAGAAGAAGAUGCAGAAAAUAUUGAAAACAUUAUGCUACAACAUGUUGAAGAUUUAAACGUGGGAAGUGAAGAUGUAAAUCUGGAAAAUGGCGAAGAUCCAUAUUUAAUUGAUUGUGAAUGGCUAUCCGAUGAUGAUGAGGAGUUACAGGAAGCGAGGAAUGCUGUAAAAGAAUCAAAUAGAAGAAAGAUAAGAAUUGGGGAUGUUAUGGUCAAUGAACCUCCGAGACAAGCAAGUGCACUACCACCAUUUCAGAGAGACGAAGAAGAUGACACUAAUGAAAAUGAGUUAGAUUCUGAUGAUGAAUGGAGUGCAAUGAGCACAGAUGGUAGCGAUUGUGACCAUGCAGUAAGGAGAAAAAGUAGAUUCCCCGUGUUUGACUCAAAAGCUGAAAAGAUAAACAUAUGUUUAGGCAUGAUAUUUAAAGGACCAGGAGAAUUUAAAGAAGUUGUAACAAGAUUUUCAAUUCAAGAAAAAAGAGAUUUGAAGUUAGUUAGGAACACAUCUGAUCAGGUUAGAUUUAAAUGUAAGGAAAAAUUUUGCCCUUUUGUGUUGUAUGCAUCUAAAGAGAAGGCUAAUAGUGCUUUUAUGGUGAAGACAUUUAUGGAAGGACACACUUGUGGUAUUACCUCAACCAAUAGAAGAGUAACAGGUACAUGGCUUGCUCACAAUUAUUUGAAUAAGUAUCAUUGUAUAGCUGCCAUGAAAGUCACCGAUCUUAUUAAAUUAGUGAAGACAGACCUAAAAGUGGAUAUCUCAUUCACACAGAUGAGAAGAGCAAAAGUGAAAACAAUAAAGAUAGUCGAGGGUGAUGUGUUUGAAGAAUUUGGUUUAUUGUGGGAUUAUUUGGGUGAAAUAGGGAGAUCAAAUUCAGGAAACACUGUAGCAAUGGAAGUACAUAGACCUAUUCCAACCCAACUUCCAAUUUUUGAAAGAUUAUACAUAUCUUUUGAUUGUUUAAAGAAAGGUUUUCUAGGUGGAUGUCGAAAAAUAUUUGGCUUAGAUGGAUGCUAUUUAAGAGGACUUGUAAAGGGAGAAAUUUUAGCUGCUGUUGGUAGAGACGGGAACAAUCAAAUGUUUCCUAUCGCCUGGUCUGUUGUCACUAAAGAGAAUUAUGCUAAUUGGGAGUGGUUCAUCAAAAUGCUGAUAAAAGAUUUAGAUUUGAAAGAUGGAGAUGGCUGGACACUGGUAACUGAUCAACAAAAGGGUUUAUUGGAUGCAGUAGGCACUUUAUUGCCAAAAGCAGAACACAGAUGUUGUGCAAGGCAUUUACAUGCGAAUUGGCGAAAGGAACAUAAAGGAAAGCCACUACAAAAGCAAUUUUGGAUUUGUGCAAAGUCCAACAACAUGCCUGAUUUUGAACAAAACAUGAAAGAGCUGAAAAAGUUAACUCCAAAAGGGUUCGAAGCCAUUCUACGUACCCAUCCAAGGCACUGGUGUAGAGCCUACUUUAACACUGAGGUAAAGUGUGAUAUUGUAGACAACAACUUGAUUGAGAGCUUUAAUGGCCAAAUUGUAGAUGCUAGGUCAAAAAAUGUGUUGUCUAUAUUAGAGGACAUUAGAAAAUUGGUGAUGAAUAGACUUCGAAAGAACCGAGAUACUUGUGAUAAAUGGAUAUGUGAUUUUGGACCUAGAAUUAGAAAGAAACUUUAUGAAAGUUGUUUGGGUAGCACUUCAUGUCAUUUGCUAGAUAGUGGUAAUAAUGCAUUUGAGAUUGAGUACAAAGGUGAUACAUAUGCUGUGGACCUUAGAAAACGUACAUGUCCAUGUAGAGGUUGGGAUUUAACUGGUAUUCCUUGUGUUCAUGCUGUUUGUGCAAUACAACACCAAGGUAAAAAUCCUGAGGAUUUUGUUCAUAGCUACUUUGGGAAAGAAAGAUACAUGCAAGCAUACUCAUCCAUGAUGAGUCCCAUGAAUAGUAAGAAAUUUUGGAAGAAAACAGGUAAUGAUCCUCCACAGCCACCGCCUGAUCGGAGGAUGCCAGGUAGACCAGCAAAGAAGAGGAGAAUGGAAGAGCAUGAACUAAGAAAUGGACAUAAGUUGUUAAGAAAUGGGAGAAUAAUGACUUGCCAGCGAUGCUAUCAGGUUGGACACAAUAGGACAACAUGUAAGUAUGUGAAAGAAAAUAAUUCAUACCAAGCAAAUCAUCCUAACCUUCCUGAAAAAGUUGUGAAUGAGUCACAACCAAUUGAGUCUCAACAAGAUCAUUCACUUGAAAAUUCUGUAAGAAGUCAUUCAACAACAUUUGUAAAUAAUUUUGUUGCCUCACCACUUAGUAAGCAUUCAUAUUCAAAAGCUUCGGGAUCAGUUAUGCAACCGAAGUUGAUUCCGUAUAGUAAAAAAAGGAAAGUGUGUUAUGAUGUUGCUGUUAAGGGCCAAAAACCCAUAUCUAAUCUUCAGGUUAGGCAUCCAUGUGGAUAUGGUGUGCAAACAGAUGAAUACAAUGUUAUAACUGUAAAUCCAAGAACAACAGCAGAAAAUGUGAUAAUUACAGGAAAAAGAAGGUCUGGAAAGGAGCCGGAACCAAGCUUCAUGACAAGUAAGACAGGUGGAUUUAAGAAAUGGGGAAAGAAGUUUAUAACUUCCAAUCAGUUACAGGGUGCGAAGGAAAGAGCAAUAGGAAAGAAAAAAGAUAAAGGUAAAGAUAAAUACAUUUCAGAGGAGAGUACGGCACAACAAAAACAAUCAAAAGAGAAGAAUUGAGUCAUCACAACCAGAAAUGAAUUGAAGAUGCUAUUUAUCUCAUUUAUUAUUUUGAAUUUGAUGUAAUUUUGAUUUUAUUAGCAAUUAAGGUUAAUGAACCUGGUUUUUCUAUAUUAUGACAAAAGUGACAAUAUGUAUUUGGAUGCUUUGUUUCAAUAUCAGGUGACUAUUGCUCCAA